CGAGUGGGGGAAUCGAUGGGAGGGAACAGUGUUGCUUUGGGCAACUCAAUGGAACGUCCUCUCCUGGUUUUGGUCCUCUUGAAGACCGUCCUUUCUCAGGACUUCGUCUCUGUGCAUCUGCCGCAGCUCGGUGCCAUCAGAGGAUCCACCAGCACGAGCCUAUGGUCGCGGACGACCAUCUACCAGUUUCAAGGGAUCCCCUACGCCAAGCCGCCGUCAAAUGACUUGCGAUUCAAGGAGCCUGUGCCCCCAGAUCCAUGGGAAGGAGAAUUGGAUGCGACCCACUUCAAAAGACAAUGUCCUCAGAUAAUCUCAGAGCAGGACAUGGCCGACAUAAAGUCCCGCAUGGAAUUCGAGGACUUGGAAGAUUGUCUUCACCUCAAUGUGUACACUGUUCAGAUUCCAGGGAAAUGUACGAAAAAGAUGCCGGUGAUGUUUUAUAUCCACGGAGGUUCUUUCAGACAAGGAUCGGCGAAGGAUUUCAGGCCGAACUAUCUCUUGGAGGAAGACGUCGUCCUUGUUGUCAUCCAGUAUAGACUUGGCCCUUUAGGCUUUCUCUCAUUACAAAAUGAUGAUAUCUCUGGCAAUAUGGGACUUUUGGAUCAGCUCCUCGCACUUGAAUGGGUCAACAAGCACAUUUCCAGCUUCUGCGGUGACCCGGACCAAGUGACAAUAUUCGGACAAAGUUCUGGCGCUGCUGCCGUUUCACUUAUGAUCGUGAGCCCUCUCGCCAACGAAAAGUUGUUCAACAAAGCGAUCAUUCAAAGCGGGUCCAGCUUUUGUCAGUGGGCUGUCGACUAUAAUCCUGUCGAGAACGCGAAGAACAUUUCACGUUUGGCAAACUGCAGCACCGAAGUUGAUUCAGAGUUGUACGCGUGUUUAAAAAAUCUGAACGUCUAUGAAAUCCUCAUAGCCCAUUCAAACUUCUUGAGUAACGUAUUGGACAAAUACGAAGAAGUCAUCACCGUCUCUGGAGGAAACCACGCUGUGAUACAGACCGCGGGGAAAAAGCGAUUCCUCACAGAAGACCCCAGAAAAAGCUACGCUUUGAAGAAAUACAUGAAAAUCCCGACGAUGAUUGGUGUGACAAAAGAUGAAGGUUCCUUCAUUGUGGGGAAUGUGUACGACUUUCUACUUGAUGGAAACAUCACUGGAAAAGAAGAAAUGUUGCGAGACAUGCUUGUUGAAAGCGCUGUUAAAUUCAGUGGUAUUAAAGAUCCUUCAGGGCUGAUAACUGAUAUUUUCACAAAACAGUUUUUCAAGGAAGAAGACUUGGGUAAUUUCAUGGCGAUGGUGCCAGGUCUAGUAGAUCUCUGCGGAAGCGCCCUUUUGAAAUCUUGUGUUUUGAAACAAGCAAGACAAAAUUUUAAGGAUGGAAAUACAUACCUCUACACAUUCAAUUAUCGAGGACAUUUGACAAAAUUUGGCUACGGGGUCGAGGUCAAUUUUCCAUUUUCAGGAGGAGUGGCCCACUCAGAUGAUCUCAUAUAUCUGUUUCCUCACAAAGAUGGCAACUUGACACAAAGUGAGAUGCAAAUCGCUAAAACUGUCGUUGAGCUGUGGACGAAUUUCGCCAAAAAUGGAAAACCUGUCCCAGCGACGAAUGUAAAUAAUUGGCCACCAAUGGUUAAUCAAGACGGUCCCUACCUCAUAAUCGACAAAGUACCCCAUAUUGGGACAUCAUUUGUAGAUCAGUAUACAGUAACAAUAAGAGAAGGCCUUGAUACUGAUGCUGCAGCAAUAAAACACACUUCCUUAGCCAUUUUAUUUGCAAUUGUUAUAAUACAAGCAAUUGAAUUAUUUUAAGUCAAAUAAUUUAUAAUCAAAUUGUGAUACAAAGAAAUAUAUAGAUGCAUUCGUACAUUGGUAAUACUAAAUUAUCUAAUAAUGUUGGGUUGUAAAUAUAUAUUUAUAGUACUGUUAUUACCUUAAA